AUUGACCUUUAAAUUAACUCUCGUCCUGGCAUGUGACUUGACCUUGGUGAAUCCCUAAUUGUGAAUUUCAAGCUCACGGACGCUGAUUUGCGCAGGAGGAGCUGCCAAGAACUUAACUGCAUAAAUACCGGAUGCGCUUCUUCAGUCGCCACAUCGCAGCUGAACCAUUCGUUCCAUUUCCAGGGAAUUCUGCACAGAAAAACUUUGUUUUUGUUAAAUAUGGCUCAAACUUUCAGAUCACUCUCAUCGCUACUGAUCGUAGUGGUCUGCUGCUUCCUGAAUGGGUCCACAGCCAAGGAGAGAGAAGGGAAACAAAUUCUUCUGUCAGCUGCUCCCCCAUACCCCUUGUACUUUUACGCAAACAAUCCUGUCGCUCCUGUGUAUGUUAAUGCCGGAGAGGCUCCAGUCGAAAUGGAUGCUAGAGUGCAAAGCAGUGACGCAGUUGGCAGGACAUUUUUCCGAAUUUUCGGAUGUCCGACGUGCCCGACUUGCCCGGCGCCUGUAAUAUGUCCAACAUGCCCUACUCCUGCAACACCUGCAGAUGGUGUCAUCUCUAUACCCGCCACAACCACUUGUGCGACUACUGCCAACAGCCUUGAUGCUACUCUCCUGCCUUGUGCUCGGGCAUCGGCAGCACCAAAAGGAACAAUCGAUGUCACAUUUACCGCUACGACGACGAGCGUUAUGAUUGCAAUUUUAGGUGCUACCCCAACUACCGCAAUCAGAUUGACAUGCACUGCUUUUCCAGCAAGUUUCCUUGGCGUGACGCAAUUCGGUCCAAUAGCUCCUGCUACACCUACCAUUACCGGAUUUGGGUUCGUGCAAUUUCUAGCUUCGUCUGGGGGUAAUAUUGCGCCGGGUUCCUUGAGAUGCACAUGGUCUUCAUAACUGUAUUAUUAUAUUGAAAUCAAUUGG